GUUGGGUUGGGUUGGGUUGGAUUGGGUAUUUUUCUCCAAUUUCUCUUUUUCAUACAAACGCCAGACAAGCCUCCUAUUUCCCCAACCUCAGCGCAAGCGACUCAUCGUGCGCAAUACAAACCACCAUCGUCACUGACCGCGAUCGGCGUCAAUUCGAUUUUAAAGGCAAGGAGAGAUGUGGGUAUUUUACCUGAUCUCGUUGCCUUUAACCCUAGGCAUGGUUGUUUUCACCUUGAGGUACUUCGCUGGCCCUGAUGUCCCUCGUUAUGUUCUUUUUACCGUCGGAUACGCUUGGUUCUGUUCUCUCUCCAUCAUCAUUCUUGUGCCCGCCGAUAUUUGGACGACGAUAUCGAAGCCGGGAAAUUAUAAUGAAAACGGAGGAAUUUCAUUCUUUUGGAGUUGGUCUUAUUGGGGUACCUUUCUCCUCACCUGGGCUGUAGUGCCCCUUAUUCAGGGUUUUGAAGAUGCUGGAGACUUCACUGUGACUGAAAGGUUGAAGACUAGUGUGCAUGUCAACUUAGUCUUCUAUUCGGUCGUGGGUUCUAUAGGCCUUGUGGGACUUAUUCUCCUCAUUACAAUGAACAGGAACUGGAGUGGUGGUAUCCUUGGUUUAGCUAUGGCCUUGUCGAAUACAUUUGGGCUUGUUACAGGAGCAUUUCUUCUUGGCUUUGGCUUGAGUGAAAUUCCAAAGAGCCUUUGGAGAAAUGCAGAUUGGACCAUCCGCCAAAAAGUUCUCUCUCAUAAAGUUGCCAAAAUGGCUGUGAAGCUCGAUGAAGCCCAUCAGGAACUUUCAAAUGCUAUUGUGGUUGCUCAAGCGACAUCCAACCAGAUGUCUAAGCGUGAUCCUUUGAGACCAUACAUGGAUGUCAUUGAUAAUAUGUUGGCUCAAAUGUUUAGGGAAGACCCAUCCUUUAAGCCACAAGGUGGUCGGCUGGGAGAAAAUGAUAUGGACUACGAUUCAGAUGAGAAAUCAAUGGCAACACUCAGGCGUCAUCUUAGACUAGCUCGAGAAGAAUAUUAUCGGUACAAAAGUGAGUACAUGGCCUAUGUCUCUGAGGCACUUCAGCUUGAAGAUACAAUAAGAAAUUAUGAACGUCGCAGUUCAACUGGAUGGAAAUAUGUAUCUAGUUUCAGACCUGGUCGCUCUGGGCAGACAGGAACACUCUUAGAUACAAUAGAAUUUAUUUGGCGAUGCAUCCUAUGGAAACAACUAAAGAAGGGCUUGGCUAUUAUACUUGGCAUCAUGUCUGCUGCAAUUCUUUUAGCUGAGGCUACCCUUUUACCUAGAGGAGUCGAUCUGUCUCUUUUCUCUAUCCUUAUAAACUCAGUAAAGAAGGAUGAGGUGCUUGUCCAGGCCUUUGCUUUUGUACCUUUGAUGUAUAUGUGCAUGUGCACAUAUUAUUCCUUGUUCAAGGUAGGAAUGUUGAUGUUUUACUCAUUAACACCACGACAGACUAGCUCAGUCAGCUUGCUCAUGAUAUGCUCGAUGGUUGCUCGAUAUGCUCCCCCAAUUUCGUACAACUUUCUCAAUCUCAUUAGCCUUGGUGGUAAAAAGACCAUAUUUGAAAAGCGUAUGGGGAACAUUGAUGAUGCUGUACCUUUCUUUGGAGAAGGAUUCAACAACAUCUAUCCACUUAUCAUGGUUGUUUACACCUUGUUAGUUGCUAGCAAUUUCUUUGAUCGUGUAGUUGGUUUCUUUGGGAACUGGAAGAGACUUAGAUUUCAAACUGAGGCUGAUGAUAUGGAUGGAUUUGAUCCCUCAGGACUAAUUAUCCUGCAAAAGGAGCGAUCUUGGCUUGAACAAGGACGCCAAGUUGGUGAACAAGUAAUUCCAUUGGCGAGGAAUUUCAAUGGUGCUGAUAUUGAGUAUGGCCACAAUAUUACAGAUCGUACUGUUGAAAUGAAGGCAGCGACGACUUCAGCCACUGGUGGUGUGAAAGGAUCUCCCUCAAGGCCUGCGGAAGAAGAGACCCGUAAAUAUGGCACAAGCAGAGAAGUCAUGAGCAACAAGUAUGCUGCCAUGAGAGAACAAAGUCGACAAAUAUCAAAUCCAAAACCGGUGGAGAAUAACAUAACCUCUGCUAAGGUCUCAUUGCUUGAAGUAGGCAAUUCGCAUCUUGAUAACCUCAAGGGUGGGCCAUCUGCUGGACUGGCCUCAACAUGGCGAUCAAUGAAAUCUGGUUUUCAAAAUUUUAAAGCAAAUAUUGAGGCCAGAAAGUUUCUUCCUGUGCACCAGAAUCAGGAAGCCACACUCAUUUCCCAUGUCAACUCAUCCGAUUCUGAGUCCCUUGACGAGAUAUUCCAGAGAUUGAAACGAGCGUCAGUAGACCACAGUGACGAGAAUGAAAAUGAGAACGACACAGAAACCAAGUCUACAAGAUGAUAUCAAAUUCAUUCGGAAAAAAAUGUGUCUGUGGAAACUGUGAUACGAAAUGUACAGAGCUCAUUGAAUUUUUACAGUCCUGUAUGAAAGAUGUUUGGGGUCAGCAGCAGGAAAUUUCAGACCAAUACUAUAUGGGAAAAAUAAUUAUUCCCUGGCUGUAUGAUUCCAGCUAAUUGUAAUUUGAAUUGAACAUUUAGGCAUUCAGCUUCUUACACGUGAUAUAUAAUAUAAUCUUUUCGUGAUAAAAUCUAAAAA